AUGAACGAGGGGUAUGAUGUCGCAAUAAAAAAGAAUUUAACAGCUGCCACGCUCAUAAAAGUGAAAUUCGAUUCUAUCGCAAUAGUAACUCCUAGUAUAUUAAAUGAAGUAAGGUUUACGUCAGAGGAAGAUUUAAUUAACAAUAUUUUUUCAUUUGUUUUGCUAGGAGAGUCACACUAUUUUACAUUUAAUGUAAAAGGAAAAGACUUUCCUCAUCAUCCACCCUACAUUGUCAGCCUUAAAGUAAAUGGAGAAGAAAACUGUAGAAAUCCUAACCGGACAUACUUUGAAAGGGACAACUUUGUCGCAAAAUAUUUACCUGAUGCACCUGACAAAUUCUGUGGCAGGCGAAAAGUAAAUAAAGAAUCUAUACCAUUAAUUGUCAGCGGUUCUACGACGAAAGCAGGCCACUGGCCUUGGCAUGCCGCUAUAAAUAAGCUUACACGAGGUAUCCUAAACUACAUAUGCGGAGGAACAUUGAUUUCAAAAUAUGUAGUUUUAACAGCCGCUCAUUGCGCCACAGUCCGAGGUGUGCCAGUCAAUCCAGAUCUUCUUGGAGUAGUUCUCGGGAAAUAUAGUCUCUAUCGAAUUGAAGUUACUAAUCAAGACAGAGAGGUAUCUGAAGUAAUUGUUCAUGAUGAAUAUAAUAAGAACUCCGGAAAUAAUGAUAUCGCUUUGUUGAAGUUAAGUACAGAAGCCACAUUUAACAACUUCGUCCAACCAGCUUGUAUUUGGUUUGACGGAAUCUAUGACAAUUUACCAUCUUUUGAAAUUACUGGUACGGUGGUGGGAUGGGGGAUAGACCAAGCUGAUAUUCUAUCGAAAAACCUUCGUACAGCAACACUUCCAAUAGUCCCAGAUAUAACUUGUAUAAGAUACGAACCAAUAUAUUACACCAGUGUGCUAAAUGGGAAGAAAUUUUGUGCUGGAAAUAGUAACGGUACUUCUGCAUGUAACGGAGAUAGUGGCGGUGGAUUCUUUGUGUUUGUAGAGGAUGAUAGAAAGUAUCAUUAUUACAAGGAAGUUCCAAUUGAAGAGAGACCAGGAGCUUGGUUUCACUACAAAAUGUUUGAGGACCGAAUCAACACAAAAAUCGGAAAUUCCCUAUCCCUAUCCGUUGAUGAUAGUGCAUUAAUGAUGAAGAUGGAAGAAAAGGAAAGUAGACACGAAGAAUCUUUGGAAGAAAAAAUUGUAGAAGAUGUGGAAAACAGCGACUGUAUUUUCAACGACAUGCGGCGUGAACGAUAUAUGAUACAGCACCAAAAUCUCAUGGGUAUGACAGUGACAUCAGGAAGUGUAGUGUUAAAUAAAGAUGAGAAAAACCUCAUCGGAAUCAGUAUAGGUGGAGGAGCGCCUUUAUGUCCAUGCUUAUACAUAGUACAGAUAUUUGACAACACGCCAGCCUCUAAAGAUGGUACUUUACAAAGUGGAGACGAGCUUGUAGGCGUUAACGCGCAAACGGUCAAAGGGAAAACUAAGGUGGAAGUUGCCAAAAUGAUACAAGCUGCAAAGGACCAAGUAACAAUAAAUUACAACAAACUUCACGCUGAUCCAAAACAGGGGAAGUCCCUUGAUAUAAUAAUGAAGAAAAUGAAACACAGAUUAGUUGAGAAUAUGUCAACGGGAACGGCUGAUGCGCUCGGACUCUCCCGAGCAAUACUUUGCAAUGAUACAUUAGUAGCGAAACUAAAUGAAAUGAGAGACACUGAAACCACGUAUAAAAGAUUGGUCGAACAUGCUAAAAGGAUGCUAAAGUCAUACUUCGAUUUGCUACAAACAUAUAAGUCCUUGGGAGAUAUAUUUGCGUCGAUUGGUGUGAGGGAACCACAGGCUCGGGCGUCUGAAGCCUUCACAAAAUUUGGUCAAUAUCAUAGACUACUAGAAAGGGAUGGCAUUAAAAUGUUGAAAACCUUGAAACCGAUUCUAGCGGACAUGGGGACGUAUUUACAUAAAGCCAUUCCAGACACAAAACUGACGAUACGCAAAUACGCCGACACAAAGUUUGAAUAUUUGUCUUAUUGCCUCAAAGUAAAAGAAAUGGACGACGAAGAAUACGGUUAUAAUGCUUUACAGGAGCCCUUGUAUAGAGUAGAGACUGGAAAUUAUGAGUAUAGAUUAAUUCUCCGUUGUCGCCAAGAAGCAAGAAAUAGAUUUGCGAGAUUGAGAUCAGAUGUUUUAGUUAAGCUGGAACUCCUUGACAACAAGAAAACUCAAGAUGUCGCUUAUCAGUUACGUAGAUUCAUUCAAGGGUUGGCAGUUUAUCUCAAUGAAACAAUGGAGCAUUUAAAAGAGAAUGCUUCUCUAUUCCCAGUAGAAGUCGAUCUAUCACAAAACGCCUUCCAAUAUAAAUCUACAACGCAGCUAAUACAAGAUAAUCAAGAAGACGAUGACGAUGUUGAAUAUGGAAAAGAGAUUUGUGAAUAUCACGACUUGUCGGACGACGAUAAGGAGUCCAAGGUCUUGAAUCGAAGGCAAAAUAAAGAUAAAGACGAAACUGACUCCGCGGAACAAUUAUUGCCAGAUUUGACAGUUAACAUCGAAAGUGAAAGCUCUAAUGUCAAAUCUGACAGUGACAACUUGACAUUGUUGACGGAACUAGGGCUUGUUGACACGAAGGAUGAUUUUGGCGAUUUCCAGGAUGGCUUAGAUGAAUAUAAAAAUAAUUCUGAUGACGUUCUCGACAAGUUACUUAAUUUGAGUGUUGGCCAG